AUGGAUCCUCCUAAGAAGAGCCAGAACGUCAAUGUCCUGGACAACACUCAGUCCCAAAGCAAGGCAGGGGACCUGGAGGGUACCCCUGUCCCCAUAGCAAAUGCGGGGGAGGUGGUGGCCGCUGCCUCAACCUCAGGGGAUGUGUCUGUGCGAGGAAUGCUGGGAUCAUCCCAGAGUUCUCAGAGGGCCUCUUAUCAUCCUACUGUCAUGGGCUUCACUGCAGGGGUACCAUCUGUUGAAGGGUCUCAUAACCGAUCCAGGGCAGUGGCCAGUGCAGUGUUCCCUACACAGGAAGCAAUAAAUAGAAAAGUAGUUAGUCUGGUUCACUUCCUGCUUUCCAAGUAUCGAAGUAAACAAAUAGUAACUAAGGCAGAAAUGCUGGCUGAGAUCACAAGAGCUUAUGAGUUGUCCUACCAGGUGAUAUUUACUAAGGCCUCUGACUGCAUGUGGCUAUUGUUUGGCAUUGACGUUAUAGAACUCUACCCCCUUGUCCACUCCUACUUUUUUGUCCCUGCACUGGGGAUCACCUAUGAUGGGAUGCAGCAUGGUGUUCCUGGCAUACCCAAGACAGGCCUUGUAAUCAUUGUGCUAUGCAUCAUCUUCUUGCAUGACAACUGUGUCAGUGAGGAGGAGUUGUGGCGUUUAUUGAAUAACAUAGGGCUGUAUGCUGGGAGAGAUCAUUUCAUGUAUGGGGAGCCUAGGAAACUCAUCACUGAGCAUUUUGUACAGGAAGGGUACUUGGAAUGCAGACUGGUGCCUGGCAGCCUCCCUCCUAGCCAUGAGUUCCUGUGGGGUCCAAGGGCCCGUGCUGAAACCACCAAGAUGAAAGUCUGGAUCUUUUUUGCCAGCAUAGUUAGGCAGCAUCCCAGAUCCAAUCCCUUCAGGUAUGCAGAGGCUUUGAUAGAAGAGCUACUGAGGUCCUAG